CACCGUCAACAGUUUCUUUUUUCACACAAAGAAUAUUUGCACUGAACUUAUGAGUAACGUUAGUUUGUGCAGUCGAUGUAAUACCGAACGACGUUUAAUUAUUCCGUGAUUAAUCUAACUUUGAUGCGCUACAAGUGAAAGUAACCUGUUCCGUCAUUUACUUCCUAAACGUGUCCGGACAUGCCUAACAUAAUUUGACUUUUAAAUGGAGCUCAUCAUCAUCUCAGUCAAUGAUUGGAUUUUUCCUGCGUGCAGUGGCUCUUAUCAGAUGCUCUGCACUGAAAUCAGCUGAUCCCUGGACAUCAUGACAGUGUUAAAGACUGAAACUGCUGCUUUGGCUGGAAUGAGUGAAAACUUGUGGUUGGAAAAAGCAUGUGCUCACCUUAUUCCUGCUUUACCAUUAUGGAUCAUUGAAUAUGCAUGGACUGAACGGAUGAUGGAGGUCUUAGAAGCUCUAGGACCCCCAUUAUGGCUUGAAGGUGACUGGCAUCUUCUAACCCUUGAAGAGCAGUGCAGAAUCCGUGUGGGAGCAGCAGAGGUCUGGAAGAUCGUGCAAGCCAGAGACAUCAAGCACUUUGAGAGAGUCACUGAGUUUUUGGACGUUACGUACACACUUGUCCCAAGACUAGUGACCCCCAUCAAACACAUGAAGAUCAUGUUUGGUCUGCAGACUCUGGUUAUCAUGUGGAUGUUGUGGAAUGACCAGAGCACUGCUAAAAUCUCUGAAAAGAUUGAAAACUUUUUCCCUAAAAGCCUUCCAGAAUAUCACAAAUGUAGCCGCAGGAACAUGGAUCUCAUGCAGAAAAACCAGGAAGAUUUCAAGGCCUUUGCUCAUGUUCUGGCCAGAGACAGGGAUGUACGUGAGACUUACAUUCGGGAUUUAAUGGAGGAGCAAUAUGGUGAACGCUAUGCACAGAAACUGGAGGAGAGACUUGUACACUAUUUGGGAGAGCUAAAUAAAGUCCUGCCACAACCAACAUAUAUUGAACAGGUACUGAAGCAGUCCCAUUCAUAUGGGAGGGGAGAGAAGAUCCUAAAAAAAAUACUUUCAAGGGAUAGUGCAUCUCUAGCCACUGUUCUGAAGAGACUCUUGCAUUGCGCUGUUACAACAAAUCAGAGCCUUGACGACAGUCUCUCACCAUCACUUUCAAACACCUGUGAGGUACAAAGGGACGCUGAAAUUGUUAAAGCAUCCAAUGGCACCCUCCGUGUAUUUUUGAGGUCAUCUCAGCACAACUCAAAGGAGAAUCGACUCUCACAAACCAGCAAAAAAGAACCGUUUGGUUCCCAGGGCUUGUGGCAGAAUAGAAACACAGAAAAUGCUUCACCUCAGGAGAAGAUUUGUGGUGAUGGAGUAAUUGUUACGUCCACGCAGUUGUCAGAUUCUGAAAUAGAUCAGAUUGACUUCAGCCAGUCUCUUCUGGUUGGGAGACACAGACAGAAGAAAACUCAAUCUGAACCAGAACAGAAGGAAAGUGAGACUGCUUUUCCAGAGCAGGUCUGCUCCAGACAUGGCAAAAAAAUGAGGAGCAUCCUUCAGGAAUGUUCUGAAGAGCUUGAUGGAGGAGUCUUACAAGCAGAAUGCACCCCAACAUCAAGCCAGAGUACUCCACCUUUCCUCCUGUACACACCACAACCUCAAGCAUCUCCAAACCAGCACUCGUUGUCCUCUGACCCAGAUUCAUCCACUACAAACAUUUCACUGUCCUUCAUCCGGCAGGUCAGUCUUUCACCAGUGUCUUCAAAGAAUCCCGUUGCUCCUUCACCUUCAGUUCUCCAACAGACCUCAGCCUCAAAGCAACUUGCAGGACAGAUUUUAGCUACCGUUGUCUUCACCGGACCAAGCAGAACUGAUGAACACAAUCUGAAACUGUCCUUAGAGAGUCAAAGCUUCCUAAUGCAGUCCAAGUGGCUUCAACCUCAAGUGUGCCUUAAUAGACUAAGCAAGGAAGAAUGUGCCAGAGCCAUGGAUUCAUACAGAGCCCGUGACAUUUUAGAAGGAGAGCAAGAGCCUGAAGAUGAUCAAUACAUGUUAUUUGAUGUAAAUACAUUGUAUUCUGAUUCAUACUCAGAAGACUCAACAGACUCUGAUGACCCUGAUUACAAGCCUGACUCGAGGACAUCAAAAAGAAAGUCCCGGUGAAUGUAGUCUUCAUCAUGUUUUACAGAUGUAUAGUUACUCAAACGCAGAUUUUAGCAUUUUGCUUUGGAUGUUUGAAUUAACUCGCAUUGGGGUUGAGAAAAUAUGCAGCUUUUUUACAUUAUUUUACCUCAUCGGUUUCCUUCAUGUAGGUCAACUUCUUAAAGCUCUCGAUGGUCAGCAAGUCAGUCUUUCACCAGUGUCCUCAAAGAAACCAGUUACCCCUUAAUCUUCAGUUCACCAACAGUUCUCCUCACAAUUUCAGUCCAUGGUCUCAAAGCAACUUGACACUUAAAGAAUCAACACAGGGCAGAUUUUAGCUACCAUUGUCUUCGCAGAACCAGAGAAUACAAUCUGAA